AUGAAAAUUAAUCUUUUAGCCACAAACAAUUACAAGACUUCAUUUGAUGAAGUAUCAAAAGAUGCUACAAUCGAUAGUAUCAAGGUCGAGUUGUUUAGAAAGCACUCUGACUAUCUCCCAACACCUUCGACACUGUUUGCUGAUGAUACAGAUUAUAUCACAGAAACAAAUGUAAAUAGUAAAUGUUCAUCAUCUUCAUCUGAUAAGAUGGAUGUUGAUUGUAGUAGUAAUAAUAAUAGUAGUGUAAAUAAUAAUAAUAAACAAAAACAACAACAACAACAACAUGAGAAUACAUUAAUUCAUCCAUACCAAAUAAGAAUAUUGUUUGGUGGUAAACAAUUAGAAAACUAUUCAACGUUGGCAGAGAAUAGUAUUCAAGAUGGUCAUACUUUAUUGGUGACAGUCUCACCUGUCUUUAUUGACCCAUUACAACAAGAAGAGAGUAAAGCUAGAAAUCACUAUCAGUCCGUAGCUGGUGAGUCAAACUCUGACAAGCUUUACAGUGCAUUCUCACGUGUACCUGAAAGUCACAGUGACAAGACAGAUGUUGAUGUGGUAGUUGAACCUCCAACACCGAUUGUAUCUUAUAUCUUGUCUCUUAAUGACCAAGCAAACGAUUCAUUCUCGAAUCCAUUCAAUCCACUUGCACCAUUGUCCGAUCAAGAGGUAUCUGAUUUACUUGUGCGUGUACCAACGUUAGAGUCUGACACAGAGCUCAAGACACCCAACAAUGUGCCACUCAACUCUCAGUUGUACAAGUGUACCAAAGAGAAGCCACCCAAGAUUGCCAAGCCGAAAAAGGGUGAGCAGCCAGCCGUUACUGACAAAGACUUGGCACUUCAAUUGGACAAGAUGUCACUCGAGCAACAGGUCAAGCGACCAGAAGUCUCAUUCCCACCAGUCGACAUUCUCACAGCCACUCCAGUCGGCUCCAAUGUCAAUGUCUCUCGUGUACAAUUUGUCUUUAGCCGUCCUUUUAUCCCAAUUUUUGACGAUAUUUCAAAGAUGACGGUUCCAUUCAAAAUCUCACCAGAGGUUGAAGGAGCCAGUUGGAAAUGGAUGGAUGGUGUCACCUGUGUCUAUCAAAAGGGUUCAUAUGGGUUGUUCCCAGGCUCGACACCCUACACUGUCACCUUUGAUCCAAGUGGUUAUCCCGAUGUAGAGUUUGACGAGGAGUUGACCAAGAACAAGUUUUGGGUCUUUGACACUGUCACCAAUACUCCUGUUCAGUUGAGAUGUGAUGGACUCAAGGAACCACAAUUCUCUAUUCAAUUCUCACAACCGGUCGACCCAAUCACUCAAGAUCUUGCCAAACUCAUCUCCAUCAAGGAUCAAGAUCGCAAAAAGUUUUCCUAUGAAUUUCUUGCAUGGGAACAUCCAGAUUUAAGUACCACAUUCAAACCAAAGCCAGAAAACCCAAAGGACGAACCAAUCAAAGCAAAUCCUAAAAUCGUCUAUCUCAAGAUCAAAGGUUCAUUCAAACUUCAAACUACCUACAUUGUCUCUUUCAAACCUGGUCUCAAGAGUAUUGAAGGUUCACUUUCAACUUUAACAAAAACUAAAUUAACUUAUCAAUCACCAAAAUUAUUUUCAGCAGGAUUUGAUUCUAAAACUCAACCAACUGUUUCCAAUUGUAUUGUUGUGCUAACUAGAACACCCAAACCAAUCCAUGUGACUCAGAUUACACCUGAAGAGUUGGAGAGCAAGAUCCGUUUUAUUCCUCCAGCUGUAAUCACUGCUGUCAAAACCUAUGGUACCAGUAUGAAUAUCGAAGCAAAUUUCGUACCAUCAACUAGAUACAAAUUAUAUUUGGAUGGUAUUGAAAGUUGUGAUGGAGAUUUCCUUCCAAGCACCAUUUUGGAAUUAAAGACUCCAGCUGAAAAGGCUGAAAUCCAUUUCCAACAAUCAACAUCUUUCCAUUAUAGUUAUAAUCUUGAUCCUUUAGUACCACCAAUGAUUACAUUGUUUACAAAAGGAUUAUCAAAAUUAACUGUUAGAUCUUAUAGAAUUCUUCCUCAUGAAUUAAAGAGAUUUAUGAAUAUCAAGGUUGCCCUUUCACAACUCUAUUCAUUUGAGUCAACUAUAGGAGAAGACUUUCAAUCACUUGGUCUGAUACCAUUAAAGUCACAGUCUGUAAACGUUCAAAGAGAGGUCAAACAAAGAACGGAGACUGUAAUUGAUUUGACCGAGUUCUUUGGAGCCAACACUCCUACUUUGGCCACCGAAUCACUCUUGUUCUUUACAUUUACCGAUCAAGAAAAGGAGGUUAGAGUCGGACAAGUGCUCCAAUACACACCAUUGUCAAUUUCAAUCCAAGCCACUAGUGCCAAUGUUCUUGUUCAAGUGACCGAUGUCAUUAAAAAUGCACCAGUCCCCUAUCCAUUGAUUGAAACCUACUUGACAUCUGCCGUCCCAGUUAGCAGUGGUCUUGGUAAGGAUGGAUUCGCAUCGAUUGAACGAAAGAAGGCAUUUGACAUGGUUGCUGCUACCACCAAGACUGACAAGAGAUCGUAUACUUGUAUGGUGUCGUACCACAAUGCUGUCAAGUCGGCAUCAAAUAAACUCGCUUGGAAUGUCAUCAAUGAUCUCGGUGUCUACCGUCCAACCGAUACUGUCAACAUCAAGGGUAUCAUUCGUAUCUACAAUGAAGAUGGAAUUGAAACACCUCUUGAAUACUUUGGUGACAACUCUAUUUCAUCGAUAACCUAUACAUUGGUAGACACUAGACGCAAGGAAUUCUAUAAAAACACAACCGUCAAACUCAACUAUUUGGGUAGUUUCCACAUCUCUUUCAAGUUGCCCGAAGAUAUUAACUUGGGUGACUGUAAGUUGACAAUGAAGACCAAUGACGAUUUACACACUCAUGAAAUGAACAUUAGUGUUUUGGAAUGCAAGCGUAAAGAGUUUGAAGUUGACUUUGACGUCAAGAGUCGUCAUUUCCAAGGAUCUACCAACCAAGGUCUACUCAGAAAGGUGGUUCAAGGAGGUGAUGCCUUUUUCGUCGAAGCAUUUGGCAGAGCAUUCACAUCUGAGAUUUUGGCAAACACAAUGGUCAAUUGGAGGGUUGAUGUAUCAGAGACUAGUCCACUCUGCAUGCCAGACGGAUACUCUAUUCAAACAGCGCCAUCAAACAAGUUGAAUGUAGACUUUAAGUCGUUUGAAUACGUGUCUCGUCGUAAUCCAUCUGGUCGUCACCAACUCCGUCUUGCAUUCUCUCAAAUGAACAGAUGUCUCAAUGUCAAUGUCAAGGCAGAGAUGUUGGAUAUGACCAACCGAUCAGAGACAUUUUCACAAAGUUUUACAGUGCUCGACGACUCUGUCUACCUUGGUGUAUCUGCUCCCAAAAAGAUCUACAAUAUCGAUGAAGAGUUGUCGAUCAAGGCUAUGGUACUGUCAUCGUCUGGCAAACAAAUUCAAGAUGGAAAGAUCCAUUUCCUCGUUAAAAUGGUCCCAUGGAUGAAUGGAGUGGAUGAAGAAGAAAUGCCAUCAAAGACUAUCCUCGAUACAGUCUACCAACCAACCGCUGAUGUGCCAUCCAUCUUUAACCACAAAUUUGAUGAUCGUGGACACUAUACCAUCGAAGUCUACCAUGUCAGCGAUCUCGGUAUCCACAGUACCUCCCAAAACUACACUGUCUUUGUGUUGGGUCAACAAACAGCUGCCGAAAAAGAGUAUGUCGAUACUGUUCCAAAGAUCACCACCGAACAACAACGUCGUCAGUUUGCAUCAAAGAAAUCGGCCGAGGUAUCAUUGACCAUUGAAGGAUCAAAAGACUAUGAAAUUGGUGAUGUUUUGGAUAUCUUGGUAAAGACCAAACUCAACAAUGGCAGAGGUUAUUUGAUUAGACAAAAGCUAGAGACUGUCUUGACAGCCGAUCCAUUCACUAUUGUCGAUGGUGUAUUCCGUACAACUCACACCAUCACUGAAAGGGAUUUCCCAACCGUCAAGUUUGGUUGUAUUGUCCAAGGUGUACUGUCAUUUGAGUAUAUGGACAAAACUCAUCAACGUUUCACCGAUGGUUAUGUUGAAAAGACCAUUACAGUGUCUAGAAAAACCAAGACAUUGACAGUGGAAUUUGAGCCAUUCUCCAAGUUUGCCACUCCCAAAGAGACCCACAAUGUAGGUGUCAUUGUCAAGGACCACAAUGGCAAGCCAGUACCAAAUGCAGAGGUCACUUUGAUUGUUGCCGACGAAUCAUUGUUGCAAUUGUCCAAGAGAACUGCCAAUGACUGGAAUCCAAUCAAUUUCUAUCCAACUAGAAACAAUGAAUAUUUACAACCAUUCUAUCUCACUGAAUGCUCACAAUAUUCAAUGCCAACCGAAGUGGUUAAAACAUCAUCCGUUCCUACUUCAUCCAUCAACCUCACUAUUCGUUACUUUUCAGGUCGUAUCAUUCGUCUUGAUGGUAUUCCAAUUAGCACCACCAUUGAACACAUCCAAAAGGUCGUUCAGGAUCGUGAUGGAUUACCACCUUCUUCUCAACGUCUGUUCCACUUGAACAAACAAAUGGAAUCUGGUACACUCGAGUCAAACAAGAUCACCACUGACACUACAAUCAACCUCGUAUUUAGAUUGUUUGGUGGGUCUGAUGACGACGAAAAGAGCGAUUGCGAAGAUCUUAUGUUGGCUGCCAAGGUGAUCAAGGUCAGAGACAAUUUCUGUCCAAGAGCAACUUUUGAAACCAACGUGCAUACCGAUGAAAAGGGUGUGGCACGAUUCAAAUACGUAUUGCCAGACAAUUUGACCAAGUACCGUAUGAUGGCGUUGGCAAUGACAAACGACAAGUUUGGUAAGACCCAAGAGUUCUUUACCAGUACUCUUCCAGUUAUGAUCCGUCAAUCUCCACCACGAUUCCUCCAUUACAUGGACGAGUCGAUAUUCCCAAUUGUCGUUCAAAACAUUGUCGACUAUGACGUCGAGGUUAGUAUUGCAUUUAGAUCAAACAACUGUUCACUUGCAAGCAAGGGAUUCAAAUCUGUUAUCCCAGCACAAUCAAGAAUCGUUGUACCUUGCAAUGUGAAAUCAAUCGUACCAAAUACCAACUCUUCCUUCCAAGCCAUUCUAAGUAGCAGAGUCAACAGUCAUGGUGUCAAGGCUGAAUUUACUGAUGCCGUCAAAUUUGACUUCCCAGUCUACUCUGCUACCAGUCUUGAGUCUACUCUUAUCUCUCAUAUCCUUACCAAGGAGAAGGAUGUUGCCCAAUACCCACUGAAUAUUCCAAAUUGGGAACAAUUAGAUCAAGAAAGUGGAGGUUUGACAAUCCAAAUGUCAUCCAACAACCUUUCAAAGAUCACCCCAGCUAUUGAAUAUUUAUUAAACUAUGAAUACGCAUGCACUGAACAAUUAUGUAGCAAGAUGUUAUCACUCUACGUCUUGAAAAAGGUUCCACAACUCUUCCAAAAAGGUGACAAGUCAAUCCCAUCAGAUGAAAAGAUUGAUGAAUCCUUGCGUGAAAUGUUUAUCCUUUUAGACAAGAGAUUAAAGAGCGAUGGUGUAUUUUCAUAUUGGGAUGGUCCAAAGUCCUAUGAAUAUGUUAAUUUAUAUGCUUAUUGGGUAUUGACAACACUUAAAUCAAUGGGAGCAACUGUACCUGCCAGUUUAUUGAAAAACUUUGCAACCUAUGUUAAAUCUUUGCUUACCUUUAAUGAAAAGAAAAUGAAAGAGGAAGGAAUCAGUUACUUUAUUUGCAAGUCAUUUGCUGCUUACUUGGCCCACAAAAGCGCUCAAAAUGUAACUGUCUUUGCCAAUCAACUUUACAACAAGGGUAUGAACCUUUAUCCAGAUCCUUCAAAAUUCAUGUCAUUCUUUGUAUUCUUGAUGCCAAUUUUAACUUCUAGUAAAGUAACAAGAGAGAUUGAAGAUCAUAUCAAGAUUACAGGUAGUUUGGCAUAUUUGGAUAGUGUUGAUUGCAACAGAUUCUAUUCUGAAACCAGAAGUACUGCGUUCCUCAUCUUGUCGAUGCUUGCCAUCAAUCCAAACUAUCAUUUGGUACCAAAGUUGAUCAGUGGAUUGGAAUCAAUGAGAAGAACAAGAGGAUGGUACAAUACUCAAGACAAUGCCUUUAGUUUGUACGCCAUCUAUAGAUACUGUGAAACUUCGAAAUUGUUGGAAUCCAAAAUCAAGACCAAUAUCUUUAUCAAUGAUAGCACUGCCGAUCCAACACCAACCGAGUUGACUGCCGAAAGUAACUAUCGUCGAUUCAUUCCAAUGAAGACUCUUAUCAAGAACCAAGGUAAUGUCAUUAUCGAAAAGAAAGGAAAGGGACCAUUGUUCCACACCCUUGCCUUCCAAUACGGACCAUCCAAUCCAAUCUACAAACCAGUUACCGAUCGUGGAAUCACCAUUGAACGUAAAUUCAUUGCUCUUGGUAAAGAGGAUGAUGUUGUCUAUGACCCACAAAACAACAUCAAAAUCAAGAGUGGUACCAAGGUAAAGGUACAACUUACCAUCAAAGUACGCCAAUUGUCUUCGUUUGUAGUGGUCUCUGAUAGAUUACCCGCUGGAUUGGAGCCAACCAACCAAGUUCCAUGGAAGAAGUAUUGGUACGACCAUGCCAACGUCAGAGACAAGGGUGCCGAAAUCUUUAUCGAUACCCUCUAUCCAGGUGAAUACGCAUUUACCUACAAUUGCUCUGCAGUAUGUUAUGGAAACUAUAUUUGUCCACCUUCAAAGAUUGAAGAAAUGUACACUCCAUCUACUUUUGGUAGAACUGAAAGUCAUUUUGUUCAAAUUAUUUAA